GAUGUUGGACGUCCUGCUGCUCUUUUCCAGCAUCUGUACAGCUGUUGUUGGUGGAGCUUCACAGACAAUUACUGGAUACAGAGGAGAGAGAGUUGACAUCAGAUGCUCAUAUGAAUCUGGAUAUGAAUCAAAUUCAAAGUAUUUUUGUAAAGGGGAGUGUAUCUAUGGAUCUAGAAUCAUCAUGGUUGAAUCAGGAUCUCCAGCUAAAGACGAGAGAUUCUCUCUGACUGACGACACGACGGCCAGAGUUUUCACCGUCACCAUCACUGAUCUGAGACCAGAGGAUGAAGGCCAAUACUGGUGUGGUGUGGAGGGGAUUAUUUUUGACGACUAUUCAGAGAUUGUGUUGCUGGUUAAAGAUGUAUACGUCUCCACAUCACUGGCACCUUCACACACGUGUAAGUCCCUGACCCUGGCGUUUGCACUGACGCUCCAGGACAGAGAUAAUGAGACCACUGAGGCUUCAACCAUCAGCACUUCUUCAAAAACACCGUCAUCCUUCAGUACAACAGAACUGAGUCCACAAUCAGCGACUCAUCACACAGAAACUGAAACAACAACAGGAAAUACUACAGUUCAACUCCAUCAGACAAACACUAAUCUGGCUUCUGUUGCUGGCGGUCUGGGUUCGGUUCUGCUGGUUCUGACUCUGUGUUCUGGAACCUUCAUCAUCCUGAAGAAGAGGAAGAGGAAAUCUGGGACAGCUUUAUUUCAGCAAAACAUGCAGCGCGAUACAGAGACUGACCGCAUGUAUGAAGAGAUUCCAAACACAGUCGUCACCUUGGUAACGUCUUCAUCCAAUCAGACGCCUGCAUCUUCAUCCAAUCAGACGCCUGCAUCACACCACAACAACUGUACAGAAGUCUCUACUGUUUACGCCACAGUAACCAAUCAGCAGCCUGAUUCAAACCCCAGUCACACCCACUCGACCAAUCAGGUGACAGAUACAGCCGGUGAUUAUUAUGCCAAAAUAAAGUGUCCUGAAGCAACACAGGACAGCGGGACAGAACUGAUCUACGUAACAGCAACACAUCCACAAAACAUCACAACGCAUCCGCAGAACGCCACAACACACGAGGAUCCGAUAUAUUCAGUGAUCAACCAUAAAUGA